UCAAUAUCAGACACAAGCGUCGAACCCGGCGUCGAAGCAGCCACCGUGGCUGUGGCAGGGGCACCAGCAGCAGAGGUAAAUCUUGGCUAGCAAAAUUCGAUUUAAUAAAAGAGAUUCGCUCAUCAUAACUCCCGUCCUUUAGUGCGUCGAGGUAUACGCCAUAAGGCCGCCUCGCUGGCGCCGUUUUCACUUUUUAGCCUGUUUUGUUUGUCAUGCACGAACAGCUUCGCGCUCGUCCAUGAUAAAGGCUUUGAACGGAAGUUGAGGCACUUGCCUCAACUUCCAAAAGCGGAGGUUUGUCCUGCACGAACAGCUUCGCGCUCGUCCAUGAUAAAGGCUUUGAACGGAAGUUGAGGCACUUGCCUCAACUUCCAAAAGCGGAGGUUUGUCCUGCACGAACAGCUUCGCGCUCGUCCAUGAUAAAGGCUUUGAACGGAAGUUGAGGCACUUGCCUCAACUUCCAAAAGCGGAGGUUUGUCCUGCACGAACAGCUUCGCGCUCGUCCAUGAUAAAGGCUUUGAACGGAAGUUGAGGCACUUGCCUCAACUUCCAAAAGCGGAGGUUUGUCCUGCACGAACAGCUUCGCGCCCGUCCAUGAUCUGGUAACCAAAGCGUGCGCAAGCGCUCGCAGCGCGAAGGCUUUGCCGUUACCAUAUGGGAGGAACUCCGGGGUAUGCAACCAGUCGCAAAACCGGGCAUUACUAAGGGUGUUUCGCCUUCAGAAAGCGGAUCGGGCAGAAUUUGUGGGAAUUUUACCGAAAGCAGCCAAAAAAACAAUUACUAAGCGGGGAGAGCGUAAAAAAUAGCAGUUUUGCAGCUCCGCCCGGUCUGAUUCUGAAAAAAAAAAGUGGUAUUUUCGGCUAGGGCCGAUGGUGUGAUGGGUCUUCUAGCGAAAAAUGCGUCACGUGCAGGCAGCUCCAGCCGCUUGGAAAUUGAAAAAAAGUGCUCAAAAAGUGCGUUUUUUCGCAGCAUGCAAGCGGGCGAAAAAAUUUACCGAUUUUCCACAGUCCCCGGAAAACGCUUGGAAAUUGAAAAUGACAUUUUUUGCUGAAAGAGCAAAAGCUGCUUACAAAUUGCCGCUCAAAAGAGGUUCGCAAAAUUUUCCGCAGGCCCGUACUACCGGGAUUGGACGAAGAAAAACCAACUAUCAAGCCUGUGGAGGUGUGUCACACGGGCACGGUUUUCGACCUCUCUGAGGUCGCAAACUGGAACCCUUCCCCCGCUCAGACAAGCCCGAUCCGGGUGGCCCAAAAGGCCAGCCGGAAAUGAACAGGAGUGCGCCACUUUUUGAAAUUCAUGCAUUUUACCUGGCCAGCGUGCCCUCGUGCAGAACGUUAUGCGGGACGGCCUAGCGGCCUUCAGAAAAGACUUUUGCCGCAGGGGCGCCUCCUGCUUCGGGUUUCGACGCCUCCCACGCCAAGAGUGCAGACGGCGGUGGUGGGCCGGUUGCGACGUCGGUGAGUUUUCGUUUCUGAUACUCCUUCCAAUGAUCGAACAUGCUCAUUGGAAUUAUGAGCAUGUUCUUGACGGACACCAGCAGAGAAAACUACUGCGUCAGGUUUGUAUUGAUUUCGAUCGUGUACAAGAGCCGCGCCCUCGCAACGUCAAACAAUGCAAACAAGAGAUUUCCUCGUGUUCGUGCAUGACAAAGUUCGUAAACAGAAGUUGAGGCACUUGCCUCAACUUUCAAAUUCCGAGAUUUGUCAUGCACGAGCCCCCUAGUGUUCGUACAUGACAAAGUUCGUAAACGGAAGUUGAGGCACUUGCCUCAACUUCCAAAUUCGGAGAUUUGUCAUGCAGGAGCCUCUUCGUGUUCGUGCAUGACAAAGGUCGUGAGCGGAAGUUGAGGCACUUGCCUCAACUUCCAAAGUCCGAAACUUGUCAUGCACGAGCCUCCUCGUGUUCGUGCGCGACAAAGGUCGUGAGCGGAAGUUGAGGCACUUGCCUCAGCUUGCAAAUCCGGAGGUUUGUCAUGCACGAGCAGCUUCGCGCUCGUCCAUGACAGAGACCGCGAACGGAAGUUGAGGCACUUGCCUUAACUUCCAAAAGCGGACGCUUGUCAUGCGCGAGCAGCUUCGCGCUCGUCCGUGACAAAGACCUCGAACGGAAGUUGAGGCACUUGCCUCAACUUCCAAACUCGGAGGUUUGUCAUGCACGAACAGCUUUGCGCUCGUCCAUGAUAAAGCCCUUGAACGGCAGCGGAGCUGGGGCACUUGCCUCAACUUCCAAAAGCGGAGGUUUGUCAUGCACGAACAGCUUCGCGCUCGUCCAUGAUAAAGGCCUUCAACGGAAGUUGAGGCGCUUGCCUCAACUUCCACAAGCGGAGGUUUGUCAUGCGCGAACAGCUUUGCGCUCGUCCAUGAUAAAGCCCUUGAACGGAAGCUGAGGCACUUGCCUCAACUUCCAAAUUCGGAGAUUUGUCAUGCAGGAGCCUCUUCGUGUUCGUGCAUGACAAAGGUCAUGAACGGAAGCUGAGGCACUUGCCUCAACUUCCCAAUUCGAAGGUUUGUCAUGCACGGGCCACCUCGUGUUCGUGCAUGACAAAGGCCGUGAACGGAAUUUGAGGCAUUUGCCGCAAUUUCCAAAUUCGGAGGUUUGUCAUGGACGACCAACCUCGCGCUCGUACAUGACAAAGGCCGUGAAUCACACUUGAUAGCGGGAUGCGGGUCCCCUGAGAUAUGCGGGCUCUGGAGGAGCGCUCCGGGUGCUGCUCCAGGCGUGCUCUGCUGGUGGAGCGCUCCAUGCAUUCACUACCGUGCGCUUUCGUUAAAGCAGUUGCCCUGUGUCCAGCUGCAGCGAGCGCGCGCCGCGCGAAGGUGCCGCCAGACACCGGCGGCGGUACUCACACGCCUCUUAUUUCAUACUUACACAGCCCCACACUUAGCAGGUGGGCAAGCUCUAAACAUCAGGCGACAUUCCUGCCUUGCUCGUGCGCACACGUGCGUAGGCCUCUUGGCUUUUGCCUUGAGGUUUAGGGUCGGACCGCUCUCAGCACUGCUGAAGCUUUAGAACCAGAUGGGAGCGCACGCCCGGACGGAUCAGGGCGCAAGGCUUUACUAGCGCUUUUUGACCAUUAGACUUGCCAAGUCUUUCCUAUUUGCUUCCUGUCUUUCCCGGGCCCUGCUGGCACCAAGCAGCUUUUUUGUGGGAAAGGGGGCGCGAUGCCAUGUCGCCAUUUUAUAUAUACGGAGUUUUGACAUUGACACGUGUGUAAGUGUCUUGUUUUUUGUCUGACCCUGGAGUACACAGCAUGCGUAUUGCGCGCCCUCCUCAGUACUGACGCGACCUUCCAGCCAUCUCUCCUCCAAUUCUUCUUCCCCUCCGCCCCCGCUUCACCUCUCCGUCCCGGUUCCGCUGUCUGUUCCGGAAGGGUUCAUGGGUUUAGGGGUUUAGGGUUCUAUUUGAUCGCAGUAUUCCUGCAUUUGGUUUUUAUUGAUUUCGAUCGUGUACAAAGGCCGCGCCCUCGCAACGUCAAACAAUGUAAGCAAAUGUUUUGAGCCUCCACGACGAAGUGGAAGUGCACAACAGGAACGACAGCCAUCCGAUGGCGUGCGGUAUUAAAGGGCCUGAGACCUUUGCAGAAGGGUCCAAAGGGAUCGCACGUUGAUCCGGAAGUCGUAGCGUGAAUGCCAAUGCAGUAUGCUGAUGCUCUCGUCAGCGCGUCACAGACACAAUUGCAAUCUUCACAAAUUAUGGUCCACAACAGGCAAAAAGGGCUGCAGAUGGAGGCGGUGCAGGAUCCGGGGAAGGAGCAGCAGCAGCAAAAUCACUUGGGGUGGAAACGGAGAUUUUUGCCGCAGGGGCACCUCCUGCUUCGGGUUUCGACGCCUCCCACGCCAAGAGUGCAGACGGCGGUGGUGGGCCGGUUGCGACGUCGGUGAGUUUUCGUUUCUGAUACUCCUUCCAAUGAUCGAACAUGCUCAUUGGAAUUAUGAGCAUGUUCUUGACGGACACCAGCAGAGAAAACUACUGCGUCAGGUUUGUAUUGAUUUCGAUCGUGUACAAGAGCCGCGCCCUCGCAACGUCAAACAAUGCAAACAAGAGACUUCCUCGUGUUCGUGCAUGACAAAGUUCGUAAACAGAAGUUGAGGCACUUGCCUCAACUUUCAAAUUCCGAGAUUUGUCAUGCACGAGCCCCCUAGUGUUCGUACAUGACAAAGUUCGUAAACGGAAGUUGAGGCACUUGCCUCAACUUCCAAAUUCGGAGAUUUGUCAUGCAGGAGCCUCUUCGUGUUCGUGCAUGACAAAGGUCGUGAGCGGAAGUUGAGGCACUUGCCUCAACUUCCAAAGUCCGAAACUUGUCAUGCACGAGCCUCCUCGUGUUCGUGCGCGACAAAGGUCGUGAGCGGAAGUUGAGGCACUUGCCUCAGCUUGCAAAUCCGGAGGUUUGUCAUGCACGAGCAGCUUCGCGCUCGUCCAUGACAGAGACCGCGAACGGAAGUUGAGGCACUUGCCUUAACUUCCAAAAGCGGACGCUUGUCAUGCGCGAGCAGCUUCGCGCUCGUCCGUGACAAAGACCUCGAACGGAAGUUGAGGCACUUGCCUCAACUUCCAAACUCGGAGGUUUGUCAUGCACGAACAGCUUUGCGCUCGUCCAUGAUAAAGCCCUUGAACGGCAGCGGAGCUGGGGCACUUGCCUCAACUUCCAAAAGCGGAGGUUUGUCAUGCACGAACAGCUUCGCGCUCGUCCAUGAUAAAGGCCUUCAACGGAAGUUGAGGCGCUUGCCUCAACUUCCACAAGCGGAGGUUUGUCAUGCGCGAACAGCUUUGCGCUCGUCCAUGAUAAAGCCCUUGAACGGAAGCUGAGGCACUUGCCUCAACUUCCAAAUUCGGAGAUUUGUCAUGCAGGAGCCUCUUCGUGUUCGUGCAUGACAAAGGUCAUGAACGGAAGCUGAGGCACUUGCCUCAACUUCCCAAUUCGAAGGUUUGUCAUGCACGGGCCACCUCGUGUUCGUGCAUGACAAAGGCCGUGAACGGAAUUUGAGGCAUUUGCCGCAAUUUCCAAAUUCGGAGGUUUGUCAUGGACGACCAACCUCGCGCUCGUACAUGACAAAGGCCGUGAAUCACACUUGAUAGCGGGAUGCGGGUCCCCUGAGAUAUGCGGGCUCUGGAGGAGCGCUCCGGGUGCUGCUCCAGGCGUGCUCUGCUGGUGGAGCGCAUGACAGUUUCCACAAUUGCAUCAGGCGGGCUUGGACGUGCGAAGCGAAAUGGAACUCGAAACAACGCGAGCUGCGCGGACUGGCGAAGUUGCUGCUGGAGCUGUACCCUCAGACAAAAGGAGUAAAAACAGUCGUCGUGCACGAUCAUGAGACAAACAACGGCGCGUCGCUCGAGGCGAGCCUCGCGAGCCCGUUGAUCUCCGACAUCAUGACUAGGGACAUUUUGAAAAUACGCAAAAUAAUCCCGCUCGUCUGGUGGUGCUGCCUCGGAACGAAAGCAAUCCGCCUUGCAGACGAAUUCUCGCGUUUGUUCAAUGAAGAUUUUCGGACUCCAGAACUGACAAAGCACAUGACGACAUGCAGGCAGCUGAUGUACUUCUUGUUGAGCCCGUCUGUGCGCAACGACGAGAACUGGAUGCAGGAACUCGCAGAGAUCGAAAAAGUUUUUUUCCUGGACGACUACGACGAGAGCGACGAGAAAAACAGUGAACGCCCGCCCGUCGCAUAUGUCGGAAAACUAUCUCCGGAGGAAGACAUGCAUGCUCGCCGCGUUGGAAAAAUAGUAGAAGACUGCUGCAUAGAAUGCGAGGACGUCGACGAUUUGUAUACCGACAUCGACGCCGUUUUUCUGAGCCACGAUUGCUGCGCGGCCAAACCUGUAAUGCCUGUGAAGCCAGAAAAUCACGAGUCGAAACCAGUCCCCAUCCCGCAGGACCCGCUUGUGCUGUGGCCGGACCCAGAAGUCCUGACGAUUCCCACGCGGAUUUUCCAGAAACAAGACCGCAGUGUGCACACGUUGCACGAGUGCAACAACUUUGUCGUCGAGUAUGACCUCAUAGAAAACGGGAAGAAGCAGAAAAGGAGCAAGUGGCUUCAGGCGCGUGCGCACGGUGGCGAGCUGCAGGCAUACACGGCGAUGUGUCGUUUCACGCGAGCAAUGCUGCGCCGGAGCUGGAAGAUUGGCGACCAGUUGGAAGUCGUCGAUGGUUUCCACGGCGACGCGAGCCGGCGACUUCUUGUCAUUGAUCCGCUAGUGACGAAAAUCGGGCCAAUCGCCGCCGAUAUUGUCCCGAGACAGGUGCAGUUCCACAAUUGCAUGCUGUGUGACAAUUUCACCAUCGAAAAGUCCGUCGCGGGAAUACAGCACUGCGUGUGCCACGGGCAUGGUGAGUCAGCUGCAGUUGUCGUUGCGCCCGAUCCUGCGGCUCCCAACAAGGGCCCUGCUACACAACUGACAAAGUUCUGGAUCAGGUGCCCAGCGCUCGUCCACGAGUUUGCCCAACGUUUCGUGUUCACGGAUGAGAAUGAAGAGGGCAUUGCGUCGGGCCGACUAGCGCUUGAAGGCGAGCCAGCAGCGAACGCCGAAGUCGAGUUCCUGCCUGAGGACAAGAAUACCAGCGCACCCAAGCCCAUCAGCAAACAAGACAAGCCGAAGUGGGAAGAUAGCGAUCUCUCUGACUCGAGUCUAACAUCUGGCGGCUCACCUCCGAACAAAAGAUCUCGCGAAGCGAGCAGUGAAGAUAAGGCAAGACAUGCAGCAGAAGAGCACCGCGCGAAGCUAGAAGCAGAAGUCGAUGCAGACCAGCAAGAGUACCUCGACGAGGAGCUUGCAAGAGAGGUGAAGCAGCAAGACAACUCUGUGAUCCAAGAUAAGUUGUGCCGCGGAGUUUCCGUCUCCGGGCUCUCGCUCGCUUUUCUUCCGAAGCCGGUCGGUGACCCGCCGAGAUGGCCGCACCAGGAUUACGCCGACCAAAGCGAGAUAAUCGGUCUCGAGUUUGACGGUCCCCGGCGAAUAGUAGGUCUCAAUGCGGGAAAUAAAGGACUGUACGUCGGCGGGGGUGGGCUGAGCAAGGGUUUCAAAGACGAUUUCAAGCGUUGGAGUUUAUCGGUACAAGAAACGAGUAGCAGGCUCAAGGAGAUCAGCAAAAUCGGCAAAGCAGCACAAGGACAGGUAGUAAACAAAGUAUACAAGACAGCCGAGGAUGCUACUGUGUCGCGCGUUUGGGCAAUCCAACCCGCCAGCAGCACGCUGUGUUUCACCGCGCUUGUCGAGUUUUGCGGUUCGGAAUGCAUGAUGCUCUACGUAGUCGCACCCGACGGGCGCGAGGAAGAGCGACUCGUCUACGAGGAAGGGCUACGAACAGUGUCAACAAACGUCGUCCGUCUGCUUGCGCAUUAUGAGCAACAACGCGACCCGCCCGAGCCGGAUAUCGCUGCUGUGCUGAUCCCGUUGUACGGAGGUGGGAUUUUCCGGCCAGCACGGUAUCUCAAGAACAAGGUCGCGUCCAACAUCCUCGCGCCACUGUUCCAACAGAUCAGGAAAGAGCCGCAAGCAGUCAACGUCACGUAUAUUUUCGCUUACGAUGACAACGUCUUCGCGUCUGAGUACUACAAGAGCGCCACAUCCACACAGCAGCAGCAGAAACCAGCGAAAAUUUUGCACAAGCUUGCUGCCGUGAAGGCGGCAGGCGGCGCCAAAGCCGCUGCAAAGAAGAGACCAAAAUCAAAAGCGAAAGCGAAGUCGCAGCCACAGGCGAAGCCGAAAGCAAAGCAGCCCGCUGCUGUUGCCGCUGCCGCGGAACCUCCGCGUGCAGUCGAGAGCGAAACUCUGCUGCCGCCGCUCGACGAUGAGGAGACUGGAGAUGCGAAGGCCAAGACGGAAGAGCAUGGAUAUGAGGAGUAUCCUUUCGAGGAAUAUGCGGAGUCUGAGUUUGUGACCGAGGUCGAACAACAGACCGCUGUUGAGCUCAAGGGACAGGACGUAGAGCUGAUAAAGAAUUCCUUCGCCGGGCUCAGCUCCGCCGGGAAGCUCUUCGUGAUAACCCCAGAGAAAAACGAAAUCGACGUUCCAGUCGACAUCGCCGACGCCGAUGCGGCAAUAGUACUAGUAACCGGGAAGACACACUCCAAGUACGCCGAUGUCCGAUUUUUCCAGACGAGCGGAACGACUGUCGACAUUCCCCGCCGGUUCAGACAGAACGCAGUAGUAAUUGCGGCAUACAACAGCGAGGAAGUCCAGGCAGGUUUUUGUGACCAGGAAGUCACUUUGUUCCUCCAUGAUCUCGAUUUCCGGCAGCUUGUAGAAAAACAAAAAACGUGUGUCGAGUACGGCGAUGUGUGCGCUUCACUUGCUGGAAAAGCGCUCUCCGCUGCAGCAAGCCGGAAGGCGACAGUCACGGACGGAGAGUUUUCGCUGUGCAGCAGCCUCAUGCUCUACAAGAGGCGGAUUUAUCUUCCGAAGCAGGCGCAGCCGGACGUCGAGGCCGGUGAUCCGGCUCUUGGUAAGCAGAAGACACGCCUGCGUAUCACCGUGCUGAUCAAAAUUCACAGACGAUGGGCAUUGCACUCGAAAGCUGCUGCAACUGCCGAGGUCGCAACGCAGUACUUCGCGUGCCCGUCGCUGUGCCACGACGUCGUGGCGGUGUGUAAAAGUUGCCGUGAGUGUUUUCUCUGGCACCAAGAGGAAGAGUUAGUCCGGAUGUUCAACAACAAUCCGAAGCCACGGAGUUUGUGGCGGGAAAUCACAACUGACCACAUUCCGAAUCUUCCUCCUGUGACCAUCGAUAAUGUCACAUACACCACGAUCCUUCGAGUCAAGGAGCGGCUAACCGGUGCGACUGUGCUCAUCCCGUGCUCUUCAACAUCUCCGCAUGAGGCAGUGAACAAACUCGACCUCACGCUGUUCGGGCUCACCGGUUAUCCUGCGCGAGUCGUUGCCGACGGGGCUUUCAAGCCAGUCAAGGGCGAUUUUGCGCGGCGCGGGGCGUAUCUCACAGUCAACAAGCCGGAUGAUGCACGCGGACGACAAGAAGCGGAGCGACCGAACGCCGGCUCGAACGAGAAAUUCUACAAGAGCUGCGAGAAGAAUAAAGACAACUGGCCGCACCUCUGUCCAAUUAUGUCGAUUGUCGAAACGAACGCAGCACAAGAUCAAAACUGCGGGAAGAGCGCUGCGGAACUCUUGCGCGGCCAGAAGCUCGCGCUGCCGGGCGCGCAGGCGUUUGCUGGCGCUGCAGAGCACGACAAUUCGGUAAGAAACCAGGCGCAGUUAAUAGAAUUGGGUGGAGCCGCCCCCGGCGAUUUGCUUGCUAAGUCCGUGCUAUUUUUUGAAAGGCCCAAUCAUUUGCGCCAAGCCGCUGCGCCCCCGCGGGGCCACGCGCGGGCGCCCGGGCGGCGGCCCGGGGGGCAGCGCCUGCUUUCGAAGCGCCCCGGGCUAGGGUCGAAAGCGCGCCGGCCGGGCCUCCCGUCUUGCAUGCGCGAGGGGUCGUGUCUCCUGCACGCAAUGGGGCCCGCCCAUCGGCCGCCCAAGGGCCGAGGAAGCCUGCCCCCCCCUUCGCGCGGCUUAUCGUUUUGCUAUUUUUUUUGCUAUCUCCGAUGCCCGCCCAAAAUACAGGGGAAUCGCAAAGGAAAAAAAAGUCCGGCGAAAUAGCAAAGGCGGGCCGGAAUUUUGGCGGAAAUUUGGGAGGGGGGCAUAGAGGGUGAAUUAGCAAGGGGAUUUAGCACGCGAAUUAGCAAAGGAAUUAGCAAGCGAAUUAGCACAGGAAUUAGCACGCGAAUUAGCAAGCGAAUUAGCAACGAAAUUAGCAAGCAAAUUAGCAAGGGUUGCGCGCGGAAUUGGGCCAAAGAGGGGGGGUGGGGGAGGCUUGCUUUUUGGGGGUUAUUUUCCUGGAAAAAUUCUUGGACGGGCAAAAAAAUAGCCGCGGUUUAGCACGGCCGCGGCCGGCAGCGGCUCCGCCCAAAUAGAAAAAGCGCGCGGGUUCAGGGAUAUCCUGCCCGACAUCGCGAACGAAAGGUCGAGGAAAUCCACCGAACAACAACUCCAGCGACGCGGUGUUGUAUCCGAGACGGAGAUCCAAGCUGGAGACUUUAUCAUCAAAAGAGACAGCCACAAGACGAAGCACAGGCUCGAGCUCGGCCCCCAGAAGCACAGGAUUGAACUCGAUGAAGUCCUCCUCGUCGUCGAAAAACUCAAUCACAACACGCUGCGCGUCAUCAACGCAGUUCAUUUCGACCUCGACGAAGGAGUUGUGUCGCUGUCUGGAGAUCCCAAAGAAGUAGCGAAAAUUGUGUCGGCGCGGCUGUGCGUCAAGAUUUUGGUGAGCGAGUUUUUCAUCGAAUGUACGGCGCCGCGCCCGCUGUAUCUCGACGGAGAACCUACUGGAGAGGAUAUCAUUGGGCACAACCUGUUGUCGGGAAAGUACCUUGCGCGACAACUCGUUGAUCAAGUUGUCAAAAGCAAAAACAAGAAGUCCGAGAAGUUGCGCCAGAAAUACAAGGUCUUCGAGUCCGCCGCCCCGGUCGGGACCACGGAGAUCCCUUUCUUGCAGUAGAAGAAAACGAGACAGCUUGCAGGCAUCUUUCCUUCUCCUGAUGCGCUGCUACGCUGACAAGAUCCUCAACAAGUACAACUACAACGACAAUAAUGGACGACGAUCACUACAAUGAUAAGACAAAACAGUAUAACCAUCACGAUCAGCAAUAUUAUCAUCUUCUACAUCUCACUUUCUUGCACAGCAACGAGCUUCCUUCUCCGGUCAGAGCGUGCCUUUUUCAAAAACAAAAAGCAUGUUUCUUGUUUUCUACAACAGCGACAAUCUGGAUAAGCGACUAAAUUUUCUUGCACAAGUUUGUCUUAGGUCAAGAUGCAGAAUGUCGAGUGAACAAAUUAGAUUAAUCGAACACGGUUCCCGGGAAUACCGGUCGCAACCUCGCCUCUUUCGUAGUAAGUCGUCAACAACAUCAAGAGAACUAGUAAAUUUUGUUCCUAAUUACGACGUCGAAAACGAUAACGACGAGGCGUGCGAGUUGUUACUUCGGCGAGCACGCGGGUUAGAGCGACCGGCUGUGGUAACCCCGCGCAACCGAAACAACACGGAGGUGCCCGGUCCGCCGCCGACGCGCCAAGGCAACCGCGUACAACGCCGGCGCUGCGACCUGUUUGAACAAAACGCGCUGCAGCUGCACCAGAUCGAGGAGGUGCGAAGAGCGCAACAGGUGCAGCGUACAGAGGUCAGCCGCAUCUUGCAGCGUCAAGACCAGCUGUUACAACAACUAACUCAACAAUUGGCGGCGUUGCAGCAGGUGGCUCUGUACUCGGCGGGAACAACGGGACUCGACGCGAACAGUUUUUACUUCUAAGCAGUCUAUCAUGCUCCAGUGCAACCCGAUGAACAGAGGGAUAGAGCGGCGUAUCGACCCGAGUGACGGAAGUGGUCCGCUCACAAGGCGCGGGCUCAUGACCGCCCACGGAGUGAGGGAGGGGCUGCGCCUGUGGAACGCAGCGGCACCCCAACGAGAAGUUCUCCCUCCACCGCCGGAGCAGCAGCAACGACAGCUGCAAGAUCAAGCUGCAGCACGGCGACACGACACAGCGGCACACGAUCCAGCACGUGGACCCCCGCUGGUGUUCGGGGCGCCGUUGCCUGAAAAUAACCCCAAUAACAACUACGGUGUAAAUCAAGCCGACCUCCUGCCGGCGGGUCGGGAUAUGCAAGAAACCCCUUCUUGCUAUCGCGCGAAUCCUUCGAGCCAGGAGGUACCCCGGUGACGGCGGCCUCGUGCAACGACUCCGCAUAUUUGCAAGCACAAAAUAUUGCGUUGUCGUCGCGACUCGACGCUACCACGGCGGAGCGCAAUUUUUACGCCGAGCAGUACCAGCUGCCUGGAACGGGCUCUGCGGGAAGAGAUGCAGGCGCAUCUCACCGCGCCGGACACCUCUCCGCGUUUAAGCGAGAUUCCAAGGAGAGGUGCUGAAAAUCCGGAUCGCAGAGAUGUCCGUAGCUUUCUUCUGGGACUUCCUGCGAAUCGACGAGCCGCGCCGCCAGGAGAAUCAGUGCGAUCGGCUGGCGUAUUCAACUUCAGACACCGCCAUCGGUGCGAUUCGAUCAGCCGAAUUUCGUCCGAAGGAGGUUCCAGUGUGGAGGUAGAACGGGCGUUGCAACGCAAUCUCCGCAGCCACCAGCUGCACCAGAGGCGUGUGCAGGCUGAGGGGAGAAUGCAACGCAGCCACGAGGUCAGGACACGAAGUCGGCGGCUCGGAAGGAAUUCGAGUACUGGUUUAGAACGGGAACGAUCAACGGAUCGCGCCUUAGUGGCAGACGCCGACCGUGUUCGGUUCCCAGGCCAGGAGGUAGAUGAGCGAAUUCGCGCUCAGCGCGAGGCUGAGCGCGAAGCAGAAGUCCAGAGGGACAUCGCGCGCCUCAGGCGAGCGGCGCGCGGCCAGGGACGUCCCGGCUUUGGCUUCUCGUCAAACGACUCUGAAGCAACAAGAUCCGAGACAUCCAGCCGCGAAGAGGAGGAUAGAGCUGAGGAGUGAAGUGCUGGAAGAGAAAAUAAAAAUUCCUACCUCUAAGAUAAUCCGCUGCUGGUCGCGAUACCUUUUUCGAAUACAAAGUAACAAAUAAUACGGAAAAUCUCAUAUCAAAAUACAAAUAAACCAUACAAAAUUUCACACUUCUAUGAUUGAGAAAUAAGACGUUUCUGUCCAAUCACAGAAGGCAGUUGCGCAUCACAAAUAAGAAAAGUCCCACUUUCAAAAACAAAAAGAUCCACGCUUCCUACAAGAUCAUUUACACAUGCCUGUCGAAGCUUUAUUUUCUGCUGUCGACAGGAGCAUUGUGUUUUUUCCUAUCGCAGCGAACCCCGGAUCAGCCAGUACAUUUAUUUCAAAAAUUUUCGGAUUGUCUCCCCAGAUCUUUCUGACAAUAAAUACAGCUUCUACUACACGUUCCAACAGCGACAAAGCCUAAGCGUUGUGCUGUGUGUGUCCAGUGCGUAGAAUUAGAAAUAACAACCAGAAAUACAAAAAUUUUUCAUUCAGAAGCACCCUUGUGCUAUAGAAAUACAUAUCAGUUUUUUCAACUCAAAACUUUUUCUAGUUACAUCGCAACUUUGCAUUAAAAGUGACCAACUUAGUUUUGGGCUGUUCCAUGGAGAUGUGUGAAGAGAACGUGAAGUCCCUCCCCACGGUGUGGUCUUGUCCGGAUGAGUUUUUUCAUUCCGGCGAGACCACCAUCUCCUACCCGCUCACUUCCAUGUCGCAGUUCCUCAAAACCCGCGAGGCAGUCACGCGCUGCAAGGUUGAGGAACAAACGCGACAGCGUGAGUACGUGGAACACAUGAAGACCCUCCCGAGCAAACACCAGCCCCGGAUCUGCACUGUCGAGACCGUGAUGGUCCUCGACAUUGUUAAGACGUCCGAACGCGCUGCGUUCGAGGAGGGCUCUUGGUGGGAUUAUGUAGAAGAUAGUUGGGAGGAGGCAAAAACAAAGGUGUACUCAAAAUGGGACUCUACAUAUUCUACCGAGCAGUGGCAGGAGCAGUACUGGACUGACGACGCCAGUUACUGGACUCCAUAUCACCACUGGCAUACCUGGGAUGAGAAAGAAAAUACCUCCCCAAGGUAUAGCCUAAAUGAAAAGCCUAAGGACUAAGCCACUAAUUUUAAAACCAUAGAUAAAGUAGAC